CAGCAGCCAAUGUGCCACGAGCCGAUGGUAACCACUCGCUCCAUGCAUCUUUCGCUAUAGAGUUAUCUUACACAGUAGUCUGCCGUUACGCAGUGAAAGAAGCUCUCGCAUUAAACUAGGGGACAGCGUCUGAACUCGAAUAGAUGUCAUGUGCUGUGUAAUUAUGCAUGAGCAUCAUUUUGUACUGCAUUCAGCUGGUCACUGCACAUGUCUACUCCUCUGUCUCUCACUCAAAUGUAAUGAGACAGUGAAAUACUUGGGCCAUAGUGUGCAGGAAAUGUGCAUGCACAAACAAGUGAUGGGAACUGAUUGGUCAAUUGAAAUCACUAUUUCAACAUUUUCUGUGAUGAGCAGUUCUACAGUUCAUUAACAAGGUUUCAGAGAGACAGUGAAAGACAUGGCACCAAAAUACAAAUUAUUUUACUUUCCAAUCAGAGUUAUUGCUGAGCCAAUUCGAUUCAUUUUGGCAUAUGUUGGUGCUGAAUAUGAAGAUAUUAGAGUUGAAUGGGCUGACUGGCCAAGUCUUAAACCAGAUACACCGUAUGGAACAUUACCUGUCCUUGAAGUUGAUGGAAAGAAACUUGGUCAGUCCAUUCCCAUAUGUCGCUACCUAGCAAAGCAAUAUGGAUUACUGGCUGAAAAUGACUGGGAUAAUGCACAAAUUGAUGCAGCAGUUGAUGCUAUAGAUGACUUGAGAUGGUCUAUAAAAGAGUUCUUCUUUGAAACAAAUGAAUCAAGAAAAAAGAAUCUGAAAGAAAAACUAAUUAAGGAAACAGUACCAUUUCACUAUGCAAAAUUAGAGGCAAUGGUGAAAAAUAAUGGUGGUUAUCUUGCAGGUGGUAAGUUGACUUGGGGUGAUCUGUACUUCACAACUAUGCAAGAACUUUUCGAUCAUGAUCUUGAAUUUGAAAUAACCAGAGACUAUCCACACCUUGCAACACUAAGGAACAAAGUUGUGAACAUACCAUCAAUUAAAUCAUGGAUUGAGAAACGACCAAAAACAGAUCGAUGAGGCAUAUUUUGAUGAUGUAUACUUUCAUGUGAUACAGGAAUAUUUGUACUUACGUGUGAAAACUUACUGACAGAUAUUAAUUAUAACUUUAUGAGGCUUAAACCACAAGAAGUUUUACUAUUCCUAUGUUUUAUACCACAAAACAUAUGGCAAUGGCUUUGUAAUGAAAGACACAUAUAAAAUUUUGUUAUUAUGUCAUGUAGUCAAAGAAAUUCAAUAAACUACACACUAAAUCUCAA